AUGGGGCUGGGGCUCCUGAGCGCCGCGCUGCUGUUUCUGGGGGGCUCCCUCAUACGCCCCGAGCGCUCUCCGCUCCCCGCACCGGGGCCGCGCGGCUCCUGGCGGAAACCGGCCGGCGGCCAGGGGCGGCCCGAGGCCCUGAGCAGCGGGCGCGGGCGGCCGCAGGCCCCGGGAGACGGACAGCUGGACGCCCAGGGCAAUUGUGGGACAGCUCCGCUUGCGGAUGUCUUAAAGGGGUCUCGGAUUAUAGGGGGCACAGAAGCUCAAACCGGCGCGUGGCCAUGGAUGGUUAGCCUGCAGAUUCAGUCUGGCAGAUACCUUACUCAUGUCUGUGCCGGAAGCUUAGUGAAAAAGAGGUGGGUCCUCACAGCUGCCCACUGCAUUAAGGAUACUAGAGAGCCUGUAAUGUGGAGAGUUGUGGUUGGAACUAAUAAGGUAGACGGGACUCAGCCAACCACCAAGAAGAUGAAAGUUAAAGCGAUCAUCAUCCAUCCAGAAUUUGACGUGGACUCUUACGUAAAUGAUAUUGCGCUUUUUCAUUUAAAAAAAGCAGUGAGGUAUAAUGAUUAUAUUCAGCCUAUUUGUCUACCUUUUGGUGUUUUCCAAAAACUGAACCGAAAAACAAAGUGUUUUAUAACUGGCUGGGGAAGAACAAAAGAAGAAGGUAAUAUUACCAAAAAAUUACAGGAAGCAGAAGUGCAUUAUAUUUCUCGAAAUUUCUGUAAUUCCGAGAAGAGUUAUGGGGGAAUAAUUCCUAACACUUCGUUUUGUGCAGGUGAUGAAGAUGGAGUUUUUGACACUUGCAGGGGUGAUAGUGGUGGACCAUUAAUGUGCUACUUACCAGAACACAAACGAUAUUUUGUAAUGGGAAUUACCAGUUAUGGAUACGGCUGUGGUCGAAAAAAUUUUCCUGGUGUCUAUAGUGGGCCAGUCUUCUACCAAAAGUGGCUGACAGAUCACUUCUACCAGGCAAGCAAUAAAGGCAUAUUUGACACAAAUAUUCUACUUGGACAGGUCCUUGUAGCUUUAGGUUUAGCUUUAGCCUUACUAGCAACUCCAUGA